GCCGAACAGCGCUCAUGACUGCUUGCCUAUGAUGUUACAUGUGCCAUCUGCUAGAUGGGCUUAAUGGUGGUCUGGAUGUUUCUGGUCAAUGUGUCAUCUGUCAAGCCUUUGCAAUGUAGUGACAAGGUGCACCUGUAUUAAGAAGUGGGGAUAGAAUACUGCCCUGGGGCCAGUAUGCCCUGAAUGCGAGUAGUUUUCUGCCAGCAAUGCCUUCAUGUCUGGGCGUGCCAACGCUGCAGGAUGUCUGCCUGCAGCAGUUCUGUCGGCUGCUCUCCGAGCUGGCCAUCAGCUCUCCCAAGAUACUGGCUGAGCAGGCACCCCAGCAGGAGAGCAGUGUCACUGCUGGAUGUGGGACCAGCACCACAGCGAUUAGUCAGAAGGCUGGCCAGCAAACAGUGCAGAAUGAGGCCGACCAAGCUGUACCAUCAGAGGACACUGAGGACGCUGUGAAAUUGCUGGAGGAUGCCGCUGAAACUGAGGAAAUGAAGUCAGAAAAUAGAUCAAGUGAAACUACUGCAAGUGAAAAUGAAGUGGCGACAGCUGGUCCUGAGGAUACACAUGAGAAGGCCAAUGCAGCAGCUGUGGACCCAGGAACGAGUCUGAAGCAAAGUGUGGCAGAUGAGCAAAAUACAUCAGGACACAGUCUAAGGAAGGCAGACAGUUUUCAGGAGCAGCAGAAAGAGGCUCGAUCUUAUCUCAUUUACAACGUGCCUCCGUGCUUCUUCGAGCAGCUGGUGCACAGAACACUCACUCAGAUCAACAAACAUUUUUAUGACCCUAAGUACAAGAGCCGCCGGCCCGCGAUGGUGGCCGUCACGUGCUGGCUGCUCGGGGACCACAUCCGACACCUCAGUCUGGACCAGUGCCGGAUGCUGUGUGACCGCGCUGCCGUGGCGCACGUGUUCCGCUGUCUGGCGCACAUGCCGCGUCUGCAGACACUGGCCAUCGGGCGGCUCAACUUCUGGAAAAUACCCGAGCUGAGCCUGCUGCCCGACCUGCUGUCAGGUCUACCUCAGCUCACCACCCUGCGCCUCGAGUACAUCUGCCUUCCGGAGAUGCUAGUCGGACUCGACGAAAAGUGUCCGCAGCUACAGGAGCUCAGUCUCAAGGACUCGGAGAAGGUGACCGACCGCGAGGUAGCCCAGAUCCGGCGCUGCCUUCUGCUGCGGCGACUCAACAUCAGUGGAACUUCCAUCACAGGUGCCGGCUCGUGGCAGAUUCUCUGCUCCCUGCCGUCCCUCACCUGGUUCGAGCACUGCCCGUUCAACUGCAACUCGGGCCCGUUCCUGUUCGACUCCCGAGAGGCCAUGCUGAGCUACAUCUGGGAGUUCCUCAGUCCGGAGGGUCGCGCUCAUAGUGCCCAGCUGCCCAGUGUCACCGGUGAAAUGGCGCUACCGGCGUCCCGCGGUCGCGGCAGGGCUCCAGAGGGUGGAGCGGAGGGGAGCCGUGGUGGUGCUCCUAGGGAUGGUGCAGCCAACAGCCAAGAAAGAGCCCCAACUGUCGGCGCAGCGAACGACCAAGAUAACGCCCCAAGUGCUGAUACAGUAAACGGUCAAGACAGCGCCUCAGUUGCAAGCGCAGCGGAUGACGAUGCUAGUGUCCCACCUGACGGACAAGACAGCGCCCCGGCAGAUGGACCAGAAGACGCGGGUCAACAGCGACCAGAAUCGGGGGCCGCAGCCAACCCCGUUCCUUCCCGAGAAUCAUCUAUCGGUGCCGACGGCAGCGCGGCGUCGGCCUCCGGCCGCCAUGUGUCCCCGCUACCCCUGUCUCGCUCCGGCUCUGGGUCUGGCUGCGGCUCACCGCGCCGUCUGCGUAUUGAAAACUUCUGGCUGUUCAACCCAAAGACGGAGGAAGUAGCACUGUCACGACUUUGUCCGGUGGUCAGCCUGCUGAAGCUGGAUUUUGUGUUUCAAGACAUGGGAAGAUCCCCUGAUUUGGCCGGUCUAGCGCACCUAAAGCACGUGACGCGGCUCGAGAUCAACAGUUUCGACGCGCCCCGGUUUUCGGUGAUGUCUGAGGUACUUCGUCAGUUGGGUGGCCAGCUGACUGAGCUCGCGCUGCAUGUCUGUGAUGACUACACGGCCACCGCCGCGCUGGAGAACGCAGUGGCACGCUGGUGUCCGCGCCUGGAGCGCUACUCAUUCACCGGGGAUUACUCAGUGCGUCUGCCGGCCGAGCGGGGCGACGACGAGCUACAGUUCGGUGAGCUGCACCGGCGGCACACGCAGCUCCGCGAACUCACUCUCGGCGGCUUCGUCACAGGCCGGCGACUUCUCUUCGUGCUAGCUCACGCGGACGGGCUGCGCCGACUCAAACUAGACGGCGAGCUGCGGUAUCUGGAUGACACCGGUUUUAACCAGCUGCUGGCUGCCAACCGACUGCACCAGCUGGAGGAGCUAUGGAUAAACUGCAGCGCCGCGCUGACCGUGCAGCCACUGCUGCCGCUCAUGUUCGACUCACAGUCCGCUCUGUGCAGGCUCGGUCGUCUGAGCAGUCUGCAGGGACUCGACCGAGCCGGGUUUAUCGAGCUGAGAAGGCAGGUGCGCAGUCUCAACCUGGCACUGGAGCUGGUCUGGGUGACACCCGGUGUGUAACGCUGCCUGAGAGCGAGAGCUUCGGUUUUUGGUGACACCGUGCUGUCCCCGCUCAAACCUACGACUCUAUAUAGAGCUGCCUGAAUAUCAAGCAGAAUCGUCCGACCACCGCCUACGCCUACUGGUGGUGAGCAACAGAGAUUACACCGGUUUUGCUCCCGUGAUUGUGGAUAACCCGGGUUGUGAUAAUGAGCUUUAGCUUAGAGACAUUAGAUCUGCGAUCUGUGCAGCCAAUCCUUCCCAUUAUUUUGCUAACAAGGAUAUAAUAUGCGGCAAGAGGAAUAUUGGCGUUGAGGAUAGCGUGUCUUUGUUGAUUGUGGGG